AUGGAGGACCAAGAGAGGGCCAAGAGAGGACCAAGAGAGUGCCAAGAGAGGGCCAAGAGAGACCAAGAGAGGCACCAAGAGAGGACCAAGACAGGAGAGGACCAAGAGAGGACCAAGAGAGGGCCAAGAGAGUGCCAAGAGAGGGUCAAGAGAGGACCAAGGAUGCCAACAGAGAGAGGCCAAGAGAGACCAGGGACCAAGAGAGGGCAAGAGGCCAAGAGAGGGCCAAGAGAGGGCCAAGAGAGUGCCAAGAGAGGGCCAAGAGAGGACCAAGAGAGGCCAAGAGAGCCAAGAGAGGGCCAAGAGAGGACCAGAGAGGGCCAAGAGAGGACCAAGAGGACCAACAGAGGCCAAGAGAGACCAGAGAGAAGAGAGGACCAAGAGAGGGCCAAGAGAGGGCCAAGAGAGUGCCAAGAGAGGACCAAGAGAGGGCCAGAGAGGGCCAAGAGAGGACCAAGAGAGGACCAAGAGAGGCCAAGAGAGGGCCAAAAGAGAGGACCAAGACAGGCCCAACAGAGACCAAAGAGUGCCAAGAGAGGGCCAAAAGAGAGGACCAGACAGGGCCAAGAGAGGACCAACAGAGGCCAAGAAACCAAAAGAGAGGACCAAGACAGGCCAACAGAGGACCAACAGAGUGCCAGAGAGGGCCAAAAGAGAGGACCAAGACAGGGCCAAGAGCCAACAGAGGCCCAAGAGAGGGCCAAAGAGAGGACCAAGAGGGCCAACAGAGAACCAACAGAGUGCCAAGAGAGGGCCAAAGAGAGACCAAGACAGGGCCAAGAGGACCAAGGAGGCCAAGAGAGGGCCAAAAGAAGGACCAAGACCAGGGCCAACAGAGGACCAACAGAGUGCCAAGAGAGGGCCAAAAGAGAGCCAGGGAACUAG